AUGGGCAGGUCCUGUUUUUCUGUUGUGAUAUGGGCUGGCUGGUGUCCAGGUGUCUAUGUGAUUAGGGAGAUGGCAGUGUGGUGGGCUGUGCUGGGGCUGUUGGCUGCCUGUGUGGCCAGUGCCGCAAAGGAAUCUGUGCUGAAUGCGUGCAUGGAUGCCAAGCACCACAAAACCAAGCCAGGCCCGGAGGGGGCACUGCAUGGCCAGUGUGCCCUGUGGAAAGACAACGCCUGCUGCACGGCUGAGACCAGCACGGGGGCUCACCAGGACCAGUCCUACCUGUACAACUUCAACUGGAACCACUGUGGGGUGAUGCCAGAGAUGUGCAAGCGGCACUUCAUCCAGGACACAUGUCUGUACGAGUGCUCGCCCAACCUGGGGCCCUGGAUUGACCAGGCGGAUAACAGCUGGCGCCGGGAGAGGAUCCUCAACGUGCCGCUGUGCAAGGAGGACUGUGAGCUGUGGUGGGAGGCCUGCAAGGAUGCCGUCACCUGCAAGGAGAACUGGCACAAGGGCUGGAACUGGACCUCAGGGACCAACCGGUGCCCUCAUAGCUCCACGUGCCAGUUGUUCAAAUACAUCUUCCCCCGCCCGGCAGACCUGUGUGAGAAGAUCUGGUCCAACUCGUACAAAUACACCACACAGCACUGGGGCAGCGGGCGCUGCAUCCAGAUGUGGUUCGACCCUGCCAACGGGAACCCCAACGUGGCCGUGGCCAAGUACUAUGCCCAGAACGGAAGAGACGCCUCUCCUGCGCCACGGGCUGUCCUGCUGCUGCUGCCGGCUGCUCUCCUGUCCCUGCUUUGAGCAUCCAGAAGCCUCUGGCAGCUCCACUGGCUUAUACAGGAAAUAUUUCCACUCAGGGCACAGGGUGUGUUUGCCCUGCAGCCCUGUUCUGGGCUCUUGCCAGCAGAUUCAGGAUUCUGUCUGGCUACUGCUAACCCUGACAAGACACAAUAGAACCAGAUUAGUCCCGUCUCUCCCCUCCCCUGUGACUGCCUCUCUGAUCUUAUUGUC